AUGCGAGAUCUUCAUGGUUUGACAUUGCCAGUAGUUUACAGAGGUUCAAGACCAGCAAUCAUUGUCUCAAAAGACACUAAUGAUGAAAAAAUUAUUGGCGGUUUUGUUGGUAAUAUUAUCAAGGCUUUUGCUAAGAGGCACAAUGCCAAAUUGAAUACUUCGAAUGCAAGGGAUGUGAUAACGCCGAUAAGAGCUGAACCAGCACUCAUUGUUUCAGAAAACUCGAAUGGUGAAAAGGUUAUUGGCGGCUUCGUUGGAAAUAUGUUCAAGGCAUUUGCUAAAAGGCACAAUGCCAAAUUAAAUACCUCGAAUGCAAAUAGUAACACUUUAUGGUUAGAUAUGCAUAAAUGUGUUUUGAAUGGAACAGUUGAAAUAACAAGUACGGAUUCUGUAUUCUUACAAGAUUCGAUUAAAUGGUUUUCAUAUCCAUUUAUCCAGUACGAUUGGGGUGUAAUGGUUCCUGUAGAACCAAGCAUUCCAAUUUAUAAAAUGUUUGCAUUCGUUUUCCAUUGGAAAGCCUUUGCAAUAACAAUUUUGGUAGCAAUAUUGCUCUCUAUUUUGACUAAUUUAGCUGCUAAGAUCAAAGGAACACAUCAGGCUUGCUUUAAAUGUGAUUUAUUCUUUAACAUUGAUUGUUUUCGUGGAAUAAUUGGACAGUCAUUCUCUGAAGCACCAGAGGCUUCUUGCACUAUAAAAAUCAUCUAUUUGAUAAUCUUUUUACUUGCAAUCAUGAUAGUUACUUUAUACGAUGCAUUUCUUCAAUCUUUCAUGACCGAACCUCCAAAGGAUAAAAUGAUAACAUCCUUUGACGAUCUUCAAUUGUCAGGCCUUAAAAUUUGCACAACUCAAUCUGAUAUCGAAAUAAUGUGGAAACUUCAGGCCACAUUCAUGAAAAACUAUUCAAAUUCAUUUGUAGAAUUCAAUUCUGGUGCUUGCAUGGGUUAUGUUUUUGAUAAAUACAUUUUAGCAGAAGAAAUAUAG